AUGUACCAAAAGGAUCUAAGUAUCUUACUGUCGUUGCAAAAUAUUGCUGCAACCAUCAUCGUUUACUUCGGUAGUCUUGCUUUCUACCGCCUGUUCUUACACCCUCUUGCACAAUUUCCAGGGCCAAAACUAGCAGCCAUCACAAGAUACUAUGAAGCAUAUUAUGAUAUCGUACAGAAUGGUCAAUACAAAUUCAAAAUCGCUGAAAUGCACAAGAAAUACGGUCCAAUCAUCCGCAUCAGUCCUUACGAGCUCCACGUCAUUGAUCCAGCCUUUUUCGAAAAGCUCUACCGCCAAGAUGGGCGUUGGCACAAGUAUGGUUGGGCUUUAGAUGGGUUUUCUGCAGGAGGUACUACUAUCUGCACGGCUGAUCAUGAUAUCCAUAAGGCUCGUCGCCUACCUCUAAAUGCUUUCUUCUCCAAAGCUCAAGUUGCCGAUAAACAAGAUUUAAUCCGUCGGAAUGUUCAGAAGAUUUGCGAUCGUAUCGCGCAAUUUACUAGCACAGGACAGAUAGUCAACCUAGGCGCUGCUACGAGCGCUUUCACUAGAGACGUUUCAACGGAAUUUAUUCUCGGAAAAUCAUAUAACAGUCUUGAUAAAGAAGACUUUGAUAUUGGGAUGACAAAUGUCUUCCAAGGAUCUGGUCAUAUCUGGCGCAUAACCAAGCAUAUCACUUGGUUUGGUCCCACUAUGAAAUCGAUACCCGUAGACUGGGUUAUUAAAGUUGCUGAUGAUGGUACAAAGGCUUUCUUCCGCUAUCUGAAGGAAACUACACAUGAUACGAAGGAGCUUUUAGCCGCAAUAGCUUUGUACGAUCCAGAUGACAAGGCUCCCCGCACUAUAGUCCACGAAAUUCUAUACUCCAAGCUUCCAGCUAAGGACAAGAAGUUUGAACGUGUCUUUGACGACGUAGCUACAGUGACAGGAGCUGGUUUUGAGACAACUGCUAGCGUUUUACGCUUAAUCAUUUUCCACGUUUUCAACAACCCUGAAAUCCUCGACCGACUACGCAACCCUGCCAUUGCUUCACGACCAGCAAGAAUUUCUCCCGAUAGAGAGCUCACAUAUCGAAAAUGGCGUAUCCCUUCUGGCACACCUAUUGGUAUGACGACACUGUUAAUGUACACGGAUGAGAAUUUAUAUCCAGACCCAAUGCAUUUCAAUCCUGAGCGGGGGAUGGAUAUCGAUGUCCGAAGGAAGCACGACAAAACUUAUGCUCCCUUUUCGAGGGGAACGAGGAUUUGUCUCGGCAUGAAUCUCGCAUGGGCUGAGAUGUAUAUGCUUCUUGCCGCUCUUUUUCAACGAUUUGAUUUCCACUUUGAGGGCGUUACUUCAAAGGACUUUGAAUCAAGAGGCCUCAAUACAAUUUCUCCAGUGACUCACACCGCCUUCAUCUUCAGUGCCACAGGCAGUCAAGGGAGCGCUUUGUGCCAACAGCUCCGCGAUCUUGACUGGAAUAUCCAUGCAACAACGCGCAACCUCGAGUCACCCGGAGCACGUAUAUUGAGAAAUCGUGGUGUACAGUUUACACAAAGCGAUUGGGAAGACAUGGAUGCCCUCCGCAAUUCUAUGAGCGGCUGCGAAAAACUCUUCCUGUGUCUACAUCCCAAGCUCGACGAUUUAGAUUAUGAGUGUCGACAAGCCGAGAAAAUCCUCAAAGUCGCAAAGGAGGUAGGUGUAAAGCAGGUCGUUGCAUCUACGAGUCUCGGAGUGAGUAUGCUUGGUACUGGGAUACACAUUACACCCGAUUCCUUUAUGGCCAAGCAUCUCGCGGGAAAAAAGGGAGUGGAACAGGCGGUUAUUGAUGGGAAUUUUGAACAUUGGACGUUUCUCCGUCCUGCCUUCUUCAUGGCGAAUUUUCUAGAGCCGAAAGUACAUAGAUACCCCGAGUUGCGAGAAAAGGGUACGUGGACAACAGCCAUGACCGCCGAGGGAAAGUUUGCAUUGAUUGAUCACGUCGAUAUUGCUAAAGUUGCUACUGCAGCGUUUCAAGACCCGGAAAAGUUUCACGGAUGCGCAAUCGGGCUGGCUAGUGAAUUUGACUAUCCCGGAGAUUCUUAA